ACGUGGAGAUUUGGCAUGAGUAGGAUCAUCAAGAUGGGAUUUUUAAAAAAGAGAUGUAGAAGAAAAAUAUAUAUAAACGAGAUAGACUAUACUUAUCAACUAGGUAAUAGAGCGAUGAAGACGGAGAGAUGGAGAAGAAGAGAGAAAAUAGAAAGGGAGAGAGAGAAGGGGAGAGAGAGAGAGAGAGAGUGGGAAGAAGGGGGGAAAAUUAAAGAGAAUUUGAAAGAAAAAAUAAACGAAAAUCGAACGAGGAGGUCAAAAGAGCGAAAAGGGAGAAAACGAUCGAUCGAGGGAUCAGACAAUAUAAAUGAAAUGAUAGAGACAGGCAAGGUACAAAAAUCAAACAUGCGAAGACCCUGAAUAGCAUCAUAAUGAAGUUCACGUGGCUUGAACUGAGACUAGCUGAUAUUGACAAAGUGCUCGUGUUUCUGAAGCAAACUCUGUUUGAUGACCGUCAUCUUCAGAUUGGAACAUACCUUGGUUGAGAGCGCACCGUAGUCCAUUGAGCACCACAUCGUAACACUGCCACAUCCGAGAGUUACACUUAAUUCGAAGUCGAUCUCGACCACCUAAACGAGGAUGAAGACCUUGUUGCUCGCAGUAGUGGUCAUUCUGACCAUCUCUUCAGUUAAUGGCCAGGCUGUGCCUACCUGUGAUGUUUCUACAGGCAUUUCCAAAACGGAAUGUGAUGAAUACGUCGCUGCUGGUGCCAUAACUGUGACAUUCGACGGCAAAUCCGACGCUUUAACUGAUGUGGAAACGGAACUCUUCAAAGAAGUCAUCGCUAACGUGACCAACGACUAUGUUUUCCUUCCAGUUUUCCCAGAGCAUGUGAUCAUCGUGCAGCGUGUUCGUAACACCGCAACCGAUGAAUUCGGCCUUGUGUUCUUCGUGCGUAACCCAUCCCUUUCCGAGUUCAUGCCCGUAGCACUCCGCAGGCAGGAGCUAUACCUGAUGGUGAAGCUAAACAACGGUAUGAUCAACGAAUAUCUUGGUCCCGGUUUGGCCAUCACUGCCCAGGAGCCCCCAUCUUCGUACCCAUUGGCUAUUCCAGCUUGGGCGAUAGCUAUCAUUGGCUAUGUCGGGCUGAUUAUCUUCAUCUACUGCAUCAUGGUGUUGACUAGUGAUUGGAGAAGGAAAAAGUCUGAAGAGUUUGAGGCAAGUCUAGAGAAGGAGUACUAUAACAAUACAAAUGGAGUGACUGCAGCAGGUGAUGAGAUACCAAUGAAGAAGAUACCAGCUAACAAUGACUACCAGGAGAUUACAGAGACCAAGAAGAAUGAUGGACUGUCCAAGAUAUCCAUAGGAGUACAAACGCCUCGUCAUGUCGCUGUUCAGGUUGACCCAGAUGAUAUAGUAGGUGGUCAGUCUUCGCCCGCUCCGAGUCAGACAAGCACCACAGAAGUGGUGAUCGAAAAUGGCCAUUCCACGAUCGAUGACGAACCUGCAUACGACUCCCCAGAUAUUCCAGACACUGCCCCCAUCGUUACUCAUACAAAUGAAGGCGACGCCGAUAAAGAAGCCGAUGAUGCAGCGGCGGCUAUAGAGGGCGCUUUAAAUGAAGGUUUUGCAGAGGAUGAAACGGACGUUGCUCAACCUUCCACGAACCUCUAGCUUUAGCUCAAAAACAGAGAAAGAUCUCUCGUGUGAUGUGACGGAAGGUGACCUGACCUCAGAUCGACUUGACCUUGGAAUCUCACAUAGUCUUUGCACUUUAAAUUUUUUUUUCUUAUCUCUGUCUUGUUAGAAUGACGAUUUGAUAGUUAUGAUAUUAUAAUCAGCCUUGUAGCAGUUUGAUGCACAUGACACAAAGUCACUCUUUUUUUUUUAAAGAGAAUUUUUUCCCUAUAUACAGCAUGAAUUAUUUGAUAAUAGGAAAUCAACAAGAUUAAUAUUAAUUAUAUGGAUAAAGAAUGCUUAGCAACAUAAAAAAUAUCAAUUUGUAACAUCUCAUUCCUAUUUCUUUAUCUCGCUCUCUCUCUCCCUUUCUCUUUAUAUGAACUCUCUGAAUUCCUGUUGUCUAUGUACUAGGUGUAUUCAGUUUCAGUAGGCGAAUCCCCCCCCCCUCUCUCUCUCUUUCUCUCUCUCUGAUUAUUCUCUGUCUCUUUCUCUCUCUUUCAUUUAAUUUUUACUCUCUCUUUGAUAUGCAAAUCUUGAUGUUUUCAUGUCUGAUGAGGGGAAAGAUUAUCAUAACAGAAUGACAGGGAAGGAAAAUCAAUUAUAUGCAGCAUAGAUGAUCCUGAAUUUUUCUUUAUGAUUUUGUCCCAAAACUCUUGCCAGCUAUUAUGAACUGUGGAAAAGGCGAAGAUGAUAUACACAUACCACAGGAACAUUCAAGCAUUGAUUAGUGAAUAACCAUCACAUUUGGCUUGUAUCAACAAUGAAAAUUUAAAAGUAGUACAGAAAGCUCUGUCGUAGAUAGAGAAUCAAACAUUUUUGGUGAAUAUGUGUGUUUCAUAAUACGGUUCCAUGUCAUUGCUCCGAAGAAAAAUCUGCAAGUUAAGCCAAACUUAAAACCCAACGUCCAAAACGAAAUAAACCCCAAUCCUAAUCUUUACAUGAUUCUUAACCAAAAACUUCAAUCGUAACGCUACCCAUGUACCCUCUGAGAUACUUAGACCAGAGCAAAUGUCACAUGUCGUGUCACCCAUAAUACCUCAUUUUGCCAUCACUCCAACUUUGUACUCGGCACCAUGCAUUAAUUGGUAUUUCUCCUUCAAAUCCAUUGCAACCAGUUUUCCUGGAAUCUCAUUUAUAAGUUCUACCAAUCAAUUCUUGUUCUUCCCUGCAGUGACAUCCAUCUUAUCAGAGCCCCAUUGAAUAAGUCACUAGUAUCGUAACUUUCAUAAAAUCCUUGAUUUUGAUUGGCUGUUGGGUCAUGUUACCAUAGUAAUUACCAUUGGAAGGCAAAGUUACCAAAAUCUGAUAAUAGUAACUUUUGUGCAACGGGCCCAGUUCUCAUUCACACCCCAUGCUAUUUUGUACAUCUCGGGGAAAGUUUCAAGCAGCCUCUUGUGAUGUUGUUGGUGCAUGAAUUAUGAAACACACAAAUGGUAUUUAUAAACACAUGUAGACAAAGGGAAAUAUCUCAAAUGAAACUAUGGUCCCACAGUGUAAUAAUAGACAUGCUGAUUAAUACCCCUGAAAAUGAUCAAAUAAAUUGCAUUAAAUUAA